CUGCUCAAGAGACCACCGUGGAGGAACCAGCAUGGAUGAUGCCACUGCCUGCCCUCGUUAAGAAAGGCCUCUACGAACCAUUUCAGGACCUCUGUCCUUAUAUAAAUGCCUUGAGGCACUAAGCUCUCUCCCGCAAGAUCUCCAGACCCGAAGCUCCUUGUUUCGGUACCGACGCAUACUGCUCCAAGCCAAUGGCUCGCUUGCUUCUCUUGGGCUUGCUAGUUCUGGAUCUCGCGGCAACGCUAGCGGUGGCGCGGCCGACGCCGGCGGAGUCCAGAGUCACCGCGCUGGAUCUCGGCGGGCCUCACUCGGCCAUUGCGCCAUCCCAGAGCGCGAGCCCAGGCGUCGGGGAGUCGGGCGUCGCCGGCGCACCGGAGGGAGCGGCGCGCAUCGGGAAGCGCCACCGACCCUUCGACAAGUCGAUCGCCGGGGCGGAGGUGAUACUCGGAGGGCUCGCCACCGCCAUCUUCGCGGCAAUCUUCGCCUACAUUCGGGUCACCAGGAAGAGAAGCUCCGAGAACAAGGUGUGAGCUUGCAGUGGCUUUUACCUCCUUGUGAAGUGGGGGGGUGUCCGAAACAGAGGCAUUAACACUCAUGUAAUGUUUCGAUAUGUAUAGAAAGUGACAGACGAAAUGAUCUAUAGAAACAAUGAAACUAUUUUUCAUCC